GUCAGUGUUAAAAAAAUCCUAACCUUCAAUCCUUCUACCUUCUAGGUUCUGUUUUAUUUUUUAAUCAAUCAACAGAUUUAGCACCUGAAAUUUGUAUCACUCUAUCAGCAUCGUACAAAUUACAGCGAUGGAUGCCUCACCAGGCCAGAAAGCAGUAGAAGUAAUGCAAAUGUACCACAAAGAUCUUGUUUUCAAAAUACCUUUAGGAGCCCCAAUAAAGAAAGUGAGGAAAAAGGUAUUGGAUGAAGAAACUUACGUUGAGGAAAUUGGCAAGAUUAUUCAAAGAGACUUCUUUCCCGACUUGGAGAAACUAAAAGCUCAAAAUGAGUAUCUAGAUGCUAUGGAACGUAAUGAUACAAGUAAACUUAAGGAACUUUAUGAGAAAUAUAGUGGAAAAAAACCUCCAAUUCAACGAUUACCAAGUCCUGCAACUUUUGAAACACCUGCAAACAUCCACUCCCAAAAUGAAGAUCAAGUUUUUGAAGAAAUUCAAGAUAAGGAUGAUGAAAAGCCAAAAGAGAAACAUGUAAGCUUAGAUCAGUACCUAAAUUCCCACACUUCACAAGAUAAUGAAAGUUUUGAGGAACUCUUGAUAGAAGCCGAAAUGAGGCACAAAGAAAAAUAUUCUUUUCUAUAUGGAGAAGAAGAAAAAACUGUGAGUGAGCAAGAAAAAAUGUUAACUCUACCGUCAAUAGAACAACAAGCAAAAUGUUGUGAGAAAAAACCGCAGCUAGAUAUGUGGGGUUACAAAAAUAAGAAUUAUAUCAUGUUUACACCAGAUGGGGUACAACUGACCAAGGAAGAACAAGCAGAAGUGAACAAAAAUAGGCAAGAAGUUGUUCAUACGAAUACCAGAUUAACUGUGAAUCCAUUUAAUGAGGUACAAAGUAAGGAGACCAUUAAUGAACUUGCAAAGACUCAAGCCAAAGUUUUGGAUGGAAAAAUAGGUGUUGAUGGUAAAGAGCUCCUGAAACCAGACACUCCAAAAGUAAAUGGUUUCAGCUUUGUGAGGGAGCCCUCACCAUCCCCAAGUUUGAUAAGCAGUCCUUUGAUGACAUGGGGUGAAAUUGAAGGCACACCAUUUAGGUUAGAUGGCGGAGAUACUCCUUUGCCAAGGUCUCAAGGGCCAUCAUUCAAAAUAUCGGAACCACCCAGGAGAGAACAAAUUGCAUUGGCACUAGCAGAAAAAGUAGGGGAGAAGAAUAGAGAUCAAAAGAAGAGGAAUUUAGAUGCACAAAGAAGACAGUUGCAAUCACCCAGACCAAACACUUCAGCAGUAGAUAGACUAUCAACAAUGUCUCCAGCAGCAAGAAGACUAGCUACGGCAAGAUUGAAACUUGGCGUGAAUUCCGAUCUCAUGUCCACAUAUUCUCCGAGUCCUCAAUCGCGGCAAUUGACACCAAAAACCCCAAAAAGGGUGUCAACGCCUUUGGUUAAGAGUAAAAAGGCACAACCCACCACGGAGGUUUCCACGGAUGAUUUGUUGAAUAUCAGUUUGCCAAAAAGGCAUCGGGCGUCCGACUUUUUUUAGUGCUAUUGGUUGCACAUUUAAGUGUAUUUAUUUUAAAUGGUGAUCGAAUAAUAAAUGAUAUAUUUUAUUUAGACA